AUGGCUUCAAUGAGUGAAAAUAUAAUAACAAACACUGUGUGUGUGCCAGAAAAUAAAGAAAUAGAAUUUUCACAAAUAGUGUCGGCAUUGGGAAGAACUUGGCAUCCGGAACAUUUCAGUUGUUUCAAUUGUAAAAAACCAAUUACGGGAGAUCGAUUCAAUCAAGAUAAAGGAUUACCAUUUUGCGAAGAAUGUUAUGCGAAUAUAUUUUUAAAAAGAUGCUUUAAAUGCAAUCUUCCAAUCAAAGAAAAAAUAAUAGUUGCGUUGGAACAAUUUUGGCAUCAGGAACAUUUUACGUGUAACGAUUGCGGUAUCGAACUCACGGGUUUAAGUUUUUUCGAAAAGGACAAUUUAGCUUAUUGUCAAAAUUGUCACAUGCAAAAAUUUGCACCAAAAUGCAAAGGUUGCAGCAGACCAAUCACCGAUACGGCCAUAAUGGCUUUAGGAGAAAAAUGGCAUCAAAAUUGUUUUUUAUGUUCGCAAUGUAAUCGUCCGGUUACGGAAGCAACAUUUGAAGUUGUCGAAGAUCGACCAAUUUGUUCUAAUUGUUCAAGACAAAGAAAAUAA